AUGUAUCCUGCAGGAACAAAACCAUCGUCAGCUUCAGAACUUGCUUGCAAAAGGCAAAGGGGAUCGUUGGUUUCACGAGUCCCUACAAUAAUGGUUUGCGAAUAUCUUCGUAUUAAAUAUAAUUUCUUCAAUAUAAAUCUCUUGCAAUUGAAAUAUACCGGAUAUAGUUCGCCCCUCACUUUUAAUGCAGAUUCUACAAUACCGUUCGACCAGAAGAAUCCAGUUCUAGGAACUGUUCUUGUUAACCGUGAAUUGCAUACGCCGCGAAGUAGUAGAAGCUGCCGUCACAUUGAAAUCCAAGUCGAUCCGAGACUCCGAUAUGAGGCAGGAGAUCACCUCGGAGUAUUUCCUUCAAAUGACAGCGAAUUAGUGGAGGAACUCGGAAGUUUAUUAAACGCAGACAUGGAACAGGCUUUUCGCCUUCAUAGUUCUAAACGACACCCAUUCCCAUGCCCCUGUACUGUACGCACCGCACUAACCCAUUACGUUGAUAUUUGUGCCCCAGUUAAAUCCCACGUUUUAAAAGCAAUAGCUGAAUUCGCUCAGGAUCCCGACGAGAAAGAGCGUCUUGCUUUGCUCAGUACGGCUGAUGAGAAAGGAUUAGCUGAGUACGGUCAAUUUAUUCAAAACGAGCGCCGCUCUAUAGUCGAUGUGUUAAGACAUUUUUCUUCGUGUAAACCUCCAGUAGACUACCUUCUUGAACUCCUACCUCGCUUACAGGCCAGGUAUUAUAGCAUAUCGUCUUCCCCUAAAUACUCUCCGACAACUAUUUCAAUAACAGCUGUUAUAACACGGUACAGAAUAGGUAACCGCCUAAUCAAAGGACUUUGCACAAACUUUCUUUUAAAAAAGAAAAAAGAUGAUAAGCUACCGGUGUUUGUCAGACGGUCAACCAUGCGCUUACCUCACCAGAUAAACUCACCAGUUAUAAUGAUAGGGCCAGGAACUGGCUUUGCUCCAUUCAGAAGUUUCCUUCAAGAAAGGAAAUGGCAGAAGGAGCAUGAAGAGUUGGAAGCAUACGUAAAAGAAGGCGUACUUACCGAACUAAACUUGGCUUUUUCAAGAAUCACGGACAAAAAGAUCUAUGUACAACAUAAAUUAUGGGAGAAUCGCGAGAAAAUAUGGAAGUACUUAGGGAGUGGAGCGUACGUCUACGUCUGCGGAGAUGCACGUAACAUGGCUCGGGAUGUUCAAAAUACCCUAUUGGAAAUAUAUACAAACGUAGGAGGUAAUGAAAACGCUUCAAAAUAUCAGGAGGAACUGGAGAAACAAAGACGUUAUCAAGCGGAUGUGUGGUCAUAAAC